AUGCAACCUACCAAUGUUGCCUUGUCUACUACUCGUCCUAAUGUGACAAUUUAUGGCGGCAACAGACCAAACUUUCUUUCGUCAUGGUUUUUUCUUUGGAUAUUUCGUUUGUUGAAAAUAUCCACAAAACAUAAUUUAGGAGACGAAAACCUGACUCUACAAGUGUCCGAAAGGGCGCAGUUUGUAGGUGACAGGUUGGAAGGUUUUUGGAAAUUGGAAAUUGAUAAUAAAAAAACUAGUAAACCUUCAAUUUGUCGAGCUCUUAUCAAAUCGUUUGGAACUACCUAUGCUCUUCUUGGACUUUAUAAACUCUUCGCUGCUGGAUUCAUGUUUGUUGGCUAUUAUUAUAUUAUAAAUCAACUGAUUUUACUCAUUGAAGUACCAAAUACACCAGAGCAAGCAAAUGCCUCUGAGCAUUUAUAUGCUGUGGGUUUGUUCCUGUGCGCUUUAGCGUUUAGUAUAUUUAAUAAUCAAGUGACUUCUGAAUCAACACGGAUAGGAGUUCAGGUUCGUGCCGCAUUAAUGGUUUUGGUAUAUCGGAAAUCAUUACGACUUGGUAUAAUCGGUGGUGGUAUUGGUGAUGUUGAUAUCGGCAAAUUUUCUAAUACCAAUCGAACUAACGAUAUAUUAGACGAAUUUUUUACUGUGGCUGAAGCUUGUGUAAAUUUUCAUUUCCUAUGGAGCUCUGCUGUUGAAAUAAUAGCUUUGAUUAUUCUUCUUAUAUUGUUUCCCGUUCAGUACAAACUCGGUAGACUUACGUCGAGUAUUUAUAAUUCAAUAUCAAACAUCACAUCUUCACGUAUUCAUCUCAUGUCGGAAAUCUUAACUGCUAUAAAAGUCAUUAAAUUUUAUGCUUGGGAAACUUACUUUCGUGACCGUGUUGGUAAGGUUAGAACUAAGGAAUGGACUCAAUUGAUUACUGGUCUUGUUCUUAAAGUAUGGACAUUUUGUGUUGUAUUCGGUGCUCCCAUUUUGGCUAUGUUGGGUUGUCUUUGCGUUAAGCUUGUGGCAUACAAAUAUCCAGAUAAUGUAUUGUUACCCAAUACUAUGUUUACUGUCCUGGCUUUAUUUUAUACUGUAAGAUAUCCCCUCAUAAUGCUUCCUAUUGCUGUGAGAACUACUUUGGGUGCAUUGGAUUCUUUUCAACGUUUAGAAGAGUUUUUAUUAAAACCUGAAUUAGAUCCUUUAGUGGAAGAAAGUAAUCCAAUAAACGAAGAUCCGACAAUCAAAGUUUAUAUUCAUGACGCUGAUUUUUCCUAUGAAGGGACCAAUGGUCCAGCUUUGAAAUUUUUAAACAUGACUGUAAAACAAGGUGAAAUUGUUGCUGUAGUUGGUGAUGUUGGUGCUGGAAAGUCUUCAAUUCUUGCUGCAAUUUUAGGACAGCUUCGUAAAGAUAAUGCAAAAGAUUUAGGUCUGCUAAGUAAUAAUGACAUGACAGAAAUAGGUGAAAGAGGUGUGAAUUUGAGUCUUGGUCAAAGGCAAAGAGUUAGUUUAGCAAGGGCUGUGUAUUCUAAUGCUGAUAUUGUAUUAUUGGAUGAUCCGCUUAGGUUAUUUCUAUCUGAAUGUGAUCGUAUUAUAGUGAUGAAAAACGGUGAAUGUAUAGAAGAAGGAACUUAUGAUGAAUUAAUUAAAAAUGACGUUUCUCUCGCUUCAUUGAUUAAUGAUUACGUGGAAAUAGAAGAUCCUGAUCAAAUUGAUGAACUUAUUAAUGAAAUUCGUCUUGAACCAUUUCAUGGUGAUGACGAUGAUAACAUUGAUGAUUUAGAUAUUGUUAUCACAGACUAUUCUAGAGAAAUAAAUCCUAUUAACAAUAACUUUAACAACUCUCUUGCACUCAAUCGUACAAUAUCUAACACUGAAGCUAAUGAACAUACAAUUUCACGUAUAAUGGAACUUAAUAUACAUACACCUCAAAACAUUAAUGAGAAAACAAUUUCUAAAGUUAUCGAACGAAACAAUCUAUCUGUUCUUAGUGGUGCUGGUAGAACAAGAGUGAUGGGUCCUAAAGUAAAUCGUGAAAUGAAUUUUACUGCUGUUGCUGUCGAGAAAAAUCAAUUGACUAUUCAUAGUUUAAAUGAACGUGAUGGAGUUACACCAAUUAUUGAAUUUGAAGCAAAAGCAACAAAGAAAAAAGAAUUUAAAGCUGGGUUUAACACUUUGUGUAUAUUAGAUUGGUGGCUAAUAAAGUUAGUAGAAACCGAUCCAGAUGCAAACUUUGGUUAUCUUCUUGGUGUUUAUGGCGCAUUAGUGGGUGUUGUUCUCUUUGGUGUUUUCUCACGUGGUGUAUUUUACGCUUGGGUAGUGAUGCGAAAAAGUGAAUCUUUACAUGAUCGAACAUUUCUGAAAAUAAUGCGUGCUCCAAUGUAUUAUUUUGAUGGUACACCUCUUGGACGUAUAUUAAAUGUAUUUGCUAAACAUCAAUACCUUGUUGAUGAUGUUCUAAGUGACAAUGCCUUACAGUUCUUGACUUAUGUACCUCUUGUUAUUGGUACUAUCGUAUUUGUCAUUGUUCUCAUCCCAUAUACCGCAAUAACCGCUGCAGUGUUGGUCCUUUUAACAUGGCUUAUUAUUCAUUAUUCAAAGGAUGUGGAGGAAAGAUUUAAAAUGUUGGAUGCUAAUAGUAAGGCACCUAUAUUUGCACAUUUAUCAGCUUCAUUAGAAGGGCUUGCAAGUAUUCGUGGUUAUAAGGUUGAAAAAAGAUUUGAUAAUUUAAAUAUUGAAAAAGUUGAUUCAAAUAAUAAGGCAUUAUUUACUUUGAUGCAAGUCAGAUCCUGGCAAUCAUUAUACAUUGACAUAAUGGCAUCACUCUUCAUUUAUACCACUACAUUAUUUGUCAUUCUUUUACAUCAUUCAAAUGGUAUUAGUCCAUCGGUUGCAGGUUUAGCGGUUGUAGGCGCAUCGCAAUUACUUAUUUUUGGUCAAUCUAUGAUUCGUUCUGGCCGUGAUGUUGCAGCAAUUAUGGAUAGUGUACAACAAUUGUUAUAUUUCCGUCAAAAUAUACCAGCCGAGGCACCUAGUAUAAUCGAUGGAAAUCGACCUCCACCAAAUUGGGGUGAACGUGGAGAGAUUAAAUUCGAGAAUGUCGUCCUUCGUUACAAUUCCUAUGGUGUGGCUGUUCUCAAAGAUAUUUCCUUCCAUAUUAAACCUCGUGAAAAAAUUGGUAUUAUAGGAAAAACAGGAUCAGGCAAAUCGACGUUACUUGUAAGCUUGUUACGAAUAGUCGAAUUAGCAAAUGGUAAAAUUUGGAUCGAUGACGUAGAUAUUAGUACCAUUGGAUUACGAGACCUCAGAAGUAAAAUUGCAAUUAUUCCACAAGAACCUGUGAUAUUUGCCGGCACAAUAAAAUCAAAUCUUGACCCAUUCAAUAAAUGCACGGAAGAUGAAAUAUGGAAAGCACUCGAAGCAGUUCAUUUAGAUGGAAAGGUUAAAUCAAUGCCAGAUAAAUUAGGAACAAUAGUUCUUGAAAGUGGAAAAAAAUUUUCACUUGGUCAAAGACAAUUAUUCUGCAUAGCCAGAGCACUUUUGAAAAAGACAAAUAUUUUAGUCUUAGAUGAGGCAACAAGUGCUGUUGAUGCGGCAACUGACCGUCUAAUUCAAGAUACAAUUAAAGAGCAUUUCGCUGAUCAUACCGUUUUGACGAUAGCUCAUCGAUUGAAUACAAUAAUGGAUGCAGACAGGAUAUUAUGUUUAGAUGAAGGACAUGUUGCAGAAUUUGACUCACUAAGUAAACUAUUAAGUAAUCCAAAUGGAUUCUUUUAUCAAUUAGUAGCGCAUAGUGGACCAGAUAUAGCCCAAAGAUUAAGAGAAAAAGUAGGAAUACAUGAUGGAUCAUCAUCAAGUAAAAUUGUCGAUAAUAAUUCAAUAAAUCCACCAAUUACAACUAUUGAGACGAUAGAUAAUCAACAAACAUCGACUCAUACACAUAUGCCACAAUCGUUAGGAGAAGUUUUUGAACCAUCUCCACCUUCAACAACAUCACAACCAUCAUAA